AUGGGGAAGAGGGCGUCAAUCCUCGAGAUACGCCACACCUGUCAGUCACGGGCAGUGUGCAGGUGUAGUCUGUGCGAUGUGUUGGACACUCAGAGAGGCAAGAUGAGCAGGAAGAGACAAAGGUCCUGCACCUCUGACGGAGAGGCCGCGGGCAGCAGUACCGCGAAGCGCAGAGCUUUGCCGCCGAAGAAAUCGAAUUUCCUGGAAUGGAGCGUGGACGAUGUGUGCGGAUUCCUGCAGAGGCAGGGCUUGGGAAAGUUCGAGAAGUUGUUCAGAGAUAAAAACAUAUCUGGCACGACCCUGCCAAAACUGACAGUGGAUGAAUUGGAAAGCAUCGGCGUGAGAGACCUGGAAAAUCGAAUAAAUCUUUACAGGUGCAUCAAUGACCUCUUGCAGUGGUGUAUUGAGACAAAGGUGUUCAACGACCCGAUCCACGGCCACAUUGAGAUGCACCCACUGCUCGUCUGCAUCAUAGACACGCCGCAGUUCCAGCGUCUCCACUUCAUUAAGCAGCUCGGAGGGGCAUACCUUGUGUAUCCUGGGGCCUCCCACAACAGAUUCGAGCACUCCAUUGGUGUGGCGCAUCUGGCAGGAAAACUGGUGAAAGUCCUGGCUAGGCACCAACCAGAACUUCAGGUUGACCAUCGGGAUAUCCUGUGUGUUCAGAUCGCGGGACUCUGCCACGAUCUAGGUCAUGGACCAUUUUCGCACUUGUUUGAUAGAAAAUUUAUCUCCAAAAUGCGGAAAAAUUUGAAAUGGAAGCACGAGGAUGCUUCCGUAAAGAUGUUCGACCACUUGAUCUCCUCCAAUAACUUGAAAGUGGUGCUGAAAAAGUAUGGUCUGAUGUUGCCACAAGAUUUGACUUUUAUAAAGGAACUGAUCAGAGGUCCAAAAGUAGGCAAUGAUUCUAAGCGCUCAAAGUGGCCGUACGAAGGUCGUUCAAAGCAGAAAAGCUUUCUGUAUGAAAUUGUUGCCAAUGAGCGAACUGGGAUUGAUGUCGAUAAGUGGGAUUAUUUUGCCAGGGACAGUUACCAUCUUGGAAUCCGGAACAACUUUGACUAUCUACGCAUCCUGAAGUAUGCUCGAGUCUGUAAAGUCAACAGUAUGAAGAUCAUAUGCACUCGAGAUAAGGUAGCUGGCGACUUGUACAACAUGUUUUACACACGUAACGCCUUGCAUCGCAGGGCCUAUCAGCACAAAGCGGUCAACAUCAUUGAGAGCAUGAUCACGGAAGCAAUGGUGUUGGCAGAUCCACACAUCCAGAUCAGCGGCUCAGGUGGGAAGCAGUUUAAAAUGUCAACAGCCAUUGAUGACAUGAAGGCUUACACCAAACUCACAGACAGUAUCUUUCAACAGAUUCUGAAUUCCUCUGAACCUGAGCUGGAAGAGGCACGAACAAUCCUGAACAACAUCCUAAACCGCAGAUUGUACAAAUGUAUUGGGCAGACACAGUCUAAAGCAAAGACAAAAAUUAAGCAGGAGGAGAUUGAUGGUCUGGAGACUGAAGUGGCUGCAGCUGUUCCCUCAGAACCUGUGGACGUUCAACUCGAGGCAGAAGAUCUCAUUGUAAAUGUUAUUCCAAUGAACUACGGGAUGAAAGAGAAAAACCCCAUUAAUAAGGUUCGAUUCUACUGCAAGAAUAACCCUGAAUAUGCCUUCCGAAUCAGAAGAGUGCAGGUAUCUCAGAUACUACCACAGACGUUUUCAGAGCAUCUGAUCCAAGCGUACUGCAAGAAGACCGACGAGAAGUCUGUGCGAGCUGCACGGAAUCACUUUGUCCAAUGGUGUAAGAACAGGAAGUUACCCAUGCCAUGAAAUGGUGGUUAAUCAUUACAUGUUUGUAUCUACCUGCAAGAUCAUGGUGAUAUUAACCCUGCGCCGAUGUUGGUACUAGCCCAGGAGUGACGUUCAAUCACAUUGUCAGGCGUGGAGUGAUAAAGCUGUUUAAGUAGAAAGAGAAUGUUGUAGCUCUUCAAGUAGGAAGAGUGGGGAAUUUCCUGUGCAUCAUGUAAUUGUUUUAUUUCUUGUUCUUAUUGGUUUAAUCUCAUAGUUUCCGUGGUUAUUUUCUGAUUCCCAGUUUACAGAGCACUUGCUUCAAUGGUGGAAAGAAAUGUUCGUGCAAAGGAAGUAAAAUCUAAAUGACUUAGGAGCAAAUUAGUUGAGAAGAAUUGAUUUCUUUGUCAACACAAUAUC